AAUUUUAGAUUGCCCUGGAUAGAACAGUUGGCGACUGGCCGCUGCCGUUAAGUUUUCAAAAUUGACGCUAGGAAUCCGCUGUUGCUUUUGCAAAAAGGCAGCACGGCCCUUCCUAGAUAAACGGCUUGUCAACUCAGGCCCAAUUUAGUCUUUCCAACAGGACUCUGUUGAAAUUUUAUUCCAUAAACUGUUUUGUUGUUUUUCAAUGUUCUGAUAGACAAUAGACCUAAAUUAAAAUAAUGAAGCUGUGCCAUGUGCGGUGGGGCCUUUUAGGCCUGUUAGUUGUGAUAUGGACUGUGGAUGCUCAAUCUGAAGAUAAACCAACAAAAUGUAGGUAUAGAGGUGAAGAAUAUGAUGUCGGUAAACCAUUCAAACCUGAUCCUAUAAAUAUACCAUGUUAUACCUGUGAAUGUACACCAAAUCUUAAUUCAAAUGGACAACUGGAUGUAUUCUGUCGCACAGAGACAUGUGUUGCUUUAAACUGUAAAGAAGGAACACAAGAGGUCCGUUUGGAUGGAGACUGCUGUCCUAGUUCAUGUGAACCCAUCUUGAAACAUCCCAAGUUUCCAGCUGCUGUUGAACCUGGAAAGGUUAUAAUGGGGGAUGAAAAAUCAGGAGGAGGAGGAGGUAGGGUAUUUCCUGGACCUGGCGGCAGUGCUGUAAUGGGACCCCCUGGACCAAGAGGACCAGCUGGACCACCUGGACCAGCUGGACCAGCAGGUUACCAAGGAGCAAGAGGGGAACCAGGAGACCCUGGACAACCUGGAUCACCAGGAGAAAGGGGAUUUCCCGGCCCUUCAGGACUCCAAGGACCAUCUGGUGAAGAAGGUUUACCAGGAGAACAAGGACCCACUGGACCAGUUGGAUCAUCGGGAAAUGCAGGACAACCAGGAAUGCCCGGCAUGCCAGGACCCAAAGGACACAGGGGAAUGAUGGGAAUGGCAGGAAAAAAUGGUGAAGAAGGACGCUCAGGAGAAAAGGGACCACCAGGACCUAACGGACCUCCAGGAAAUCCAGGACCAUUGGGACCAAGAGGAGCACCAGGAGAAAGAGGAAGAGAUGGAUCCCCAGGAGCACAGGGAAUGAGAGGACAGGAUGGUAAUUCUGGAGAAUCUGGACCACCUGGAUCAAUUGGAUCCCCUGGAGCACCAGGUUUCCCUGGCAGUGGUGGACCAAAGGGAGAUUCCGGACAAUCUGGACAAAGAGGAGACCAAGGAUUACAAGGACCUCCAGGAGUAGGUGGCUUACCCGGACAACCAGGAGAAUCUGGACGACCAGGAUCCCCAGGCCGUGAUGGAGAACCAGGAGGAAAGGGGGAUGUAGGUCAGGCCGGAGCCCCUGGAAAUUCUGGAUUCCCUGGACCACAAGGACCCCCUGGUCAGUCUGGAGAACCAGGAACACCUGGAGCUGCUGGAGAACAAGGGUUAGCUGGACAAGAUGGACGUAAUGGAGAUCCCGGAGAAAGAGGCUACCCUGGUGCCCCAGGUGAUCCUGGUCUUUCAGGGCUAGCUGGAGCAGAGGGAAAGAGGGGUGCCCCAGGAAUCCCAGGACCAACAGGACCUGCUGGUGUAACAGGAGAAAGAGGAUCACCUGGACCAUCUGGUGGCCCUGGACCACAAGGACCCCCAGGCGCAAGAGGACGUGAUGGAGAACGUGGACAAGAGGGAGAGAAAGGAUCACCUGGAGACGUUGGUACAGUUGGAACACCUGGAUCACCCGGACCAGGAGGCCCAAGGGGACCAAUGGGACAAACUGGAAAUGAAGGAAAGCCCGGAGCUCAAGGACCAGCAGGUCUAAGUGGAAAAGAUGGACGACCUGGAGAGCAAGGAAAUUCAGGGCCUCCUGGACCUCCUGGCUUGAAUGGACAAAGUGGUCUCCCAGGUGAACCGGGGCCAGGUGGACGAGAUGGUGAGACUGGACCACCAGGACAAGCGGGACCAAGAGGACUACGAGGUCCACAAGGAGAUGGAGGACCAGUCGGACCUCCUGGAAACUCUGGACCACAAGGAGAAAGAGGAGCUCCAGGAAUUCAAGGAGAACCAGGUGGUGCCGGUUUGGCUGGAAUAUCUGGUGCCCCAGGAGAGCCUGGUCGAGGAGGAGAUCCCGGUACGCCUGGACCACCAGGAGAGGCAGGAACUCAAGGAGACAGAGGUGAACAAGGAUUCCCAGGAAACGCUGGACCAAUGGGUAAACGGGGACCAGCUGGAGAGAGAGGACCUCCUGGACCUGCUGGAGAACCAGGAUUACUUGGACCAGCUGGACCAAUAGGAGAGCGUGGUAAUCCUGGAUCGCCAGGUUUGACCGGUUUAACUGGUGACACAGGAUUGGUAGGUCCACCUGGAUCAAGAGGAGGAAGAGGAAUGCCAGGAGAAAGGGGAAGCGAUGGACAAGUGGGUGCACCUGGUGAGGCAGGAAACCCAGGAAUCCCAGGACCACCAGGACCAAGUAAUACUCAACUACCACCAAAAGGAGAGCCCGGUCCACCAGGAGAAAGUGGAAUUGAAGGACCAAGUGGUGAAGUUGGUCCAAGAGGAUACCCAGGCAACCCAGGACCAACUGGUCAACAAGGCUCACCGGGCCCACCAGGACCAGCUGGAGAAAUAGGAGGUGAGGGAAGACCUGGACCAGAAGGAGAUACCGGACCCAGAGGAUACCCAGGUGAGCCAGGAGAUACUGGUGAACCGGGGCGUGAUGGUACUGAUGGUGAACAAGGAGGUGCUGGAGAAGCAGGACAACAAGGACCCGCAGGUGCCCCAGGAUCCCCUGGCAGACCUGGUCCACCAGGACCACAAGGCCCACAAGGAAAUACUGGAUUUAUGGGACCAGGUGGAAAGGCUGGAGCAAGGGGAGACCGUGGAGAGACUGGACCACCCGGACCUGGAGGAAGAGAUGGGGAAUCUGGACCACCAGGUCAGAAUGGACAAUCUGGUGAUCGAGGAAAUCCUGGUCCAAUAGGACCACAAGGUAUUCAAGGACCUUCUGGACCACAGGGUGAGAGAGGUAACCCAGGAUACCCUGGAGCCCAAGGUGAACCUGGACCAGGUGGUGAACAGGGACCCCAGGGUCCCCCAGGCCUUGCAGGAGAUAAUGGCAAAGAUGGAUACAGUGGACCACCUGGACCCCCAGGACCAAUGGGACAAAAUGGAAUGACAGGACCCCCUGGUGAACCUGGAACUCCUGGAUUAAAUGGCAUGUCUGGAGCUCCUGGACGCCAAGGAGAGAAGGGAGGAAGAGGAAUAUCAGGAUCUCCUGGAUUACAGGGACCACCCGGACCUCAGGGCCCAUCGGGACCAUUGGGAAAUGAUGGACCACAGGGAGAACGUGGUGAGAGGGGACAAACAGGUGAAUCUGGAGUUCCUGGAGCCCCAGGACAACAAGGCUCAACGGGACCAUCUGGACCAGCUGGUGCCACUGGAGAGACUGGGCGAGCAGGAUCAAAGGGAGACAAAGGAUGGCCAGGUAUGCCAGGAGGACAAGGACUUCCUGGACCUCAGGGACCUGGAGGAGAAAUUGGUACAAGUGGACCACCCGGACCUCCUGGACCAUCUGGAAGCCCAGGAACUCGUGGAAACUCAGGAAGAGAUGGAGAACCUGGAUCACCUGGUCAACCAGGACCACCUGGAGGCAGAGGACCACAAGGAGAUGAUGGAUUGACUGGACCAGCUGGACCCCAAGGACCAGCAGGACCUCCCGGACCACCCGGUUAUGCACCUGUUUGGCCAACACAACCAAACUAUAGAGGAGGAGGUGGCGGCAAGGGACCAGAUCCAAUGUAUUACGGUGACGAUCCAAAGACGACUCCAGAAGUAAACGAGGAUUUGUCUAGAAUUCAAGAGGCCCUCCUGCGUACCAAAAAACCAAAUGGCAAGAAACAUAAUCCAGGUGUAACCUGCAAAGAUAUUCUUCUCCAGAAUCCAGACUCUGAAGAUGGAUGGUAUUAUAUUGAUCCAAAUGGUGGAACUUUCAUUGAUGCUGUUGAAGUUUACUGUAGGAUGAAAUUAGAUGGAGAAACAUGUGUUCCAGCUGCACCUAAAACAUUCGAAGAACAAAGGUGGACCAAAGACACAAGAGCUCAAUGGUUUGGAGGUGAUAUUCUAGGAAGUUCUGAGUUUACCUAUAAAAUAGAAGCUAUACAAAUGAAGAUGCUUCAGAUGCACAGCUCAAGGGCACAACAGAGAAUAACAUACAAAUGUUUGAACUCAGAUCCUAAAGGUGCUGUCCUAAUGUCCAGUGAUUUUGAUAAAUUAGAAACAACAGAUAAAAAGCAGGAUAGAACUUUAUCAGCAAGAGUAGAUACCUUUGGUAAUUGCCAGAAAAAUAACCAAUGGGGAGAGAUGGUCUUUGAUAUAAAAUCAGAAAGAUCAGAAGUGCUACCUAUUUUGGACAUAAAACUCAAAGAUGUUGGACUAGAAAAUCAAGAAUUUGCUUUAAGCAUAGGAGAAGUGUGUUUUAAUACAUAAUAAAUGACAAAAUACAAUUUUAUAGUUUAAUGAAUUGGCUUGAAGUCAUGGCAGUAAUAUUUAUAUGGCAACUUGAAAUCAUGGCAAUGUAUAAAGCAAAAGAAAGAAAAUCAUGGCAGAAGUUAAAUGAACACUGGUCCCUUGAUCUUGGUUUAGGUUAGGAGACAUUAAGAUCAUUUAUGAAUGGGACCAUAACAUAAUCAUUGAAGUGUUUUUCCGAAGCUCUUUCAUUACUUGUAUAAAUCAUGGCACAGAUAAAAAGUAAUGGAAGAUUUUCUGAGACACCAUUAAUGUAUAAUUUGUAAAAAUCAUGGCAAAUAUUUAUUUUUGUUUAAAUUCCAUCAUGGCAACUUGAUAAUGUGGAUUACAUUGCAGAUAUUGUGAUGUGAUGAUUGUAUGUUGGCUUCCCUUUCAAUUCCGUCCAAAUGUGUAUGUGAGGGAGAGAGAAAAAGAUUUUUUAAGUAAAUGUGUGCAAUAUCUUAUUUUAUAAAAUUAAAUUGUAUUUUAGAUUGUUUGUAUGUAUAAGUCUUUCUCAAUAUGUAAUAUUGUUUUUUUACAUAUAGGAAACUGGACACAACUAAAAAGCUCAUAUUUUAUAAUGAAAAAUCAGUUAUACAUUAGAACUAUAACAAUCUGGACUCUGAAAAUCAUUCAUGCCUGAAAAUAUCAUUCAUGCCUGAAAAUUUCAUAAAUACUUAAAGGAACUGUGAGUUAAAUGUGAAUUUUUUUAUAUGAUUAUAUAUUGUUUUAUUUUAUAUAAAACAGGAACGUUCUCUCAAGGAACUCAUUUUUUUUUAUAUGUUUACAGCAUCAUUUUAUUGCUUCAUUGAUAAUACAGUCUAUGGAAUAAAAUUUCAUAAAAUUA